UUCAAAUAUGGAUUGUUCUUUGAAGGUUAGAAACUUUUAAUUCAUGCCUGUUGACUAUCACGAAGCUCCAUCAUGACUUCCUCUCCUUUCCGGAACACUGAGUUUUGAAUGUUCGUCUUAUGACACUUGUGAACGUGUAAAGGAUGGCUCAGUCAGUGCUGGCGAUGAUAGGGAGUUCGGUGCACAGCGGGAUACAGGGAGAGGACCACCACUUGUUCCGAGUGUACAAGGCUUACUCAUCUGAGGCUCGGCUGGCCCUGCUUCAAGUGCUCAGCUGGGGCUGCCCCAAACCUCCUUCUCAAACAUUUGAUCAAUAUUUGUUUUCAUCCGGCCGAAGCUGUAGAUUUUACAGGAAAGCCUUUGAUAGUCAGCAGAGAGGAAAAAUAUCAACCAAUCCUUCAGGUGACCGGUUCGAUGUUUCUCUGCUGUUCAAAAUGAUCCAACUUGCAUGCCACUCUCUGGCGCCCCCGGAGGACGAGGUCUGGAUCACCCCAGACCACACGCGGCUGGAAUACUUGCUGACAAGCAUCAAGAAUGCACGCAAUGCUCUAGUGCACAACGUGUCUGUCACUACGCAAGAGAAAAUGGUGGAAGAAAUUGAAACUCUGCGAGACCUUCUGACAAAGGUGGUGAAGAUCAGUGGAACUCUGUACUGUGUGAACAGCGGUAUGGUGAAUCAGGUGUUGCGCAUCAUACAUUACAACCUGAACAAUAUCCGCGACCAGCCCUUUGCCCCUCUGGACUUGCAGGAUUACAGUAACCAUUUGGUGUUCGACAGUCUGAAAGCUACCUUGUGUCUCAACGGAGCCCAGGAGUUGAAGCAGACAUACAGCUCGAAGAUCUUCCUCAAUCCUCUCUCCUUCCUGGACAAAAACGAGUGUCACCUGCAAGUGGGAGAGGUGUUUACAUGCUUAUCAGUUCAAGAUCUGAGAGUCAACUCUCGCAGUCGUCUCGUUCAUUGCAAGGAGCUGCUGGAACUCAUGGAGACCGCGACAUCCGAUUCGGAAGGCAGUUGUGAGAUCCAGAAUCCUUCUUUGAUGAUUCUUGAAGGCCAACCAGGCUCCGGGAAAACCACCUUGCUCAGGCUCUAUGUGUCGCACUGGAUUCAGGGCAGGGAAGACAUCAAAGGACUCUCUGAUUACGAUCUGGUGCUGCAUUUUGAGUGUCGCGACACCUGCAUUGACUCCUUCACUCAGCUGCUGCUCUCCCACAUGCCGCAAACCACUGCCAAGUUCCGUAAGAACGAUCUUAUGCACGUUUUUCAAAGUCUGAAGGCCAUGGUUCUUAUUGAUGGCCUUGACGAACUUAAUACAACUUCCCAGAAGGUAAUAAGAGAAAUCUUGCAUUUGAAGAGUUCCUGCGACCUCACUCUCAUCUGCACCUCGAGGGCAGAAAAGAUCAGGGAGGUACACAAGCUGGUGUCUGAUAAAGCAAGAGUCAUGCACAUGAAAAUACUGGGAAUUCCCAUUGAAAAGAGAGAGGAGUUUGUGCAAGCAUACCAGCAUCAGCUGAAACAGCACGGCGUGUCACAGCAGGACAUCAGUGGCCUGCUCGAGUACCUGCAUGAAGUGCCGUCACAUCUCCAGGACUUCUUCAGGUUUCCGCUUAAUUUAGUCCUGCUUACCUUCUUGUGGGAUGGGGCGCAACUCAGAGUCAGAAAAAUCAACUCCAUGACUAUGCUCUAUCUCGAAACCCACAGACUUAUGAUCGAAAAGUUUCUCGACAGACUGAUGUACCAUCCCUCCACGCAUCAUCUGCCCCUUGCCAAGCUGACCAGCAAGUGUGAAAGCUUUCGGGCAGUUCUGUACGAGGAGGCAUUGCGCGCCCUGGCCGUGAGUGAAGUGUACUUGAACGAGAGAGCAACAAAGAGGCUGACAGAGCUCUGUAUUAGUUUGGAUCUUCCCAGGGAGGAAGUGUUCUCCGCCUUUCUGGUAGCAACAUCUGAUGACCACACUCUCUCUCUCUCCGAGAAGGUGAAAUUUCCACACAAAGGCAUCCAGGAUUUUUACGCGGCUAGACACAUAGCCUCCCUUGUGAAAGAAGGUCCUUUUCCUGAUCUAUCUCUUUUUAUAAGCAAGUUAGAUGAACUAAUGAAAGAGUCCUCAGUGCCGACCUUUGCGUGGCGGCAAAUAGUGAAGCACACUCAAAGGCUACUUGGCAAGCCAGUCUCCAUACGUAGCAUUUUGCUCGAGUUCCACGAAGAUCAGUCAGAGAGUCAGGAUAUUGGUCGGUACCAAAACGUGAUCUGUCAUAUGGUUAAUUUAUUGCACAGCUCUGACCCGCGGUCCAUCGAGCACUAUGCAGCAGAGCUGGUGACUCUUUUGGACGUAGCUAAAGGAAUGUCCUUCGAACAUUGGGUCGACAUACUGAAGGAGAGCCAUUACAAUCCAACACUGGCUGAAGAAAUUUCUAAAGUGCUGCCCAAGUUUUCCUGGACAGUGAGGGACCAAGACGUGAGAGCGGCUGCUGCCUUCCUGUCUCACAACUGUCCCUCACAGCUCACCAUUGACAUCAUGAAUGACCCGAACCAGCUGCCACAUUUGCAUGAACUGCUACAAACUGCCGCCACCUGUAUCAACUGCAAAAUAUACAUUUUUUUCCACCAUCACUGGCGCCGCCCUGAGGAGGGAUCGUCCAACUCCCUCCUGCUGAGACUGGUACCCGCGCAGGACAACAGUGUGAGUCCUGAGUCUCCUUCCUCCCCAGACUCCUCAGACCGCUUAAGAUUUAUCGAUGGCCCGAAGAUCUGUCUGCUGGAAUUAAUGGGCCAUUUCACUGGGCAGGCUGUUCAUAUGCUGCCCACGUCCAUCAAAGAAAUUCGUUUGGCCCUGGCUGAUGACCACGAUGCCCUCGACUGGCAUGAGGCUCUUCCCAAACUCUCCCACAUGCUUCCUUCUCUGAGAAACAUCUGGAUACAUGUCACUGGGAGCGUCAGUCCAGAUUUGCUCCCCAUUCUGCCACAGCUCCUUUAUCGCCCUCGACUCUACCUGUCCAAUGUGGGAGACGACAACAUAUCGUGGGCGAGCCGAGUGGCUCGCGCUCUUCUGCAUCCCUGCUCAAAAUAUGCCAGUGUUGGGUUGGUCCGCAGCAGCCUGAGCAACCGCGGGGUGAGUCAGCUGGCCGAGCUGCUGCACCAUCAGGACGUAGGCGUGUAUGCCGGGCGUGGGGGAGGUCUCCUGAUGACUUCCACUCACCUCUCCCAGUCUGACCUCCAGAACGUCAGCAAGGCAGUUUUCCGACAUCUUAAUUGUUCUCUCACACUGCUGAGCGACGAUGAGAUUUGGAAUGAUGAGUCCAUCUACGAAAAAGUGUACGAAUACCACUUGUACGAGAAUGCAUCUGGUGGGGCUGACGAGGCAAAAGACAACUGCAGCCACAAGACCGAAUCAGAAGCCAUAUAUGAGAUUAUUUCACCAAAUCAGUGGAAAACUUUUAACAUAAAUUCACACAAGAAUACUUCUUCCCCUUAUCUCGAGGACUCGGAAGAUGAGAAAAACUCUGAACACUUGUCAAGUAUAUACGAGGACAUGAAACAAGUGACGGGAGCAAGUGCGUCAUCGUUAACAAGAUGUUUUUCCCAAUCAGUGCCACGAAGAGAUUUCCCUCUUCAGACCGAUCACACGCCCAUACCAGCCAGAGCCCCGCUGCUUCCACCCAGAGCUGAGAGCCCAUGUCCAAUUGCUGAUAAGAAAUAUGAAUCCUCAUUAGGUGAAUAUGUUAACUUGUCUGACUACACGAGUGGAUUAAGAGCGCCACCGCUGCCACCACGUCGCACAUCAAAAGCUGCUCCUGUGUCCGACGUAUCACCCCAUGACCAACAGCCGAAGUUUCAUACCACUCCCACUCAUAAACCAUUGACUUCAAGGUGGUCUUUUAAUAGUUUUGAGCCCAAACAUUCAACAACAACUCCCACUGAAGUCUCGAGCUUUUCCCAGGUGCCACUAACCGACGGCCCACACCCAAAGGUGGACCCAAGCCCACAGAAAUACUUCACACCCAAUCAAAACUUAAGCGGUGCCUUGAGACCAUCAUGUGUCUCACUGCCAGCCAUAUUACCCACGUCCAGUUUACAUCCAGCAGUAGGGAAUCGUUCAUCUACUAAAGUCAUUCCACCGCUACUAAACCUCACAGACCUUCACCCUCGGCAAAAAUCUUACACGGGCAAGCCAGUACUACCGUGCCCCCUUACACCAAAGCUUACGCCUCGCUAACUAUAAACGUUCGAGUGCCUAACUACUUUUUAUUUGCUGUCAAGUCAUUAAUGAGGACGAGUCCUUCAGUGGCCACUCCUGUGCGGAUUUAUGACAGACGCGCAGUUUAUUACAAGAAUGCGCUAUUUCAUGCUAGCUACGAAAUGUUUGAGAAACUCGCUUGGUCCGCUUCGUAAAUACGGCCCAUCAAGCCCUCAUCGAGCCCUCAAGCUUUACUUGAGGGCUCACACCACGCCCUACAAAACCAUAGGUCCAAUUGAACCCGUCUUUCGGAAGAAAUGUCCUCACCUAACAGUUGGGGCUUAUAUUUCUCAAGAUUUGGAACUGAAUACAGUAGGGAUCACACUUAAAUGUUGUAUACAGCCUAAUUGGCCUCCUAGUUAUUUAUUAUUUACACACAUGACGUGCAUGUGUACCUAAGACACUCAGAACUGUAAUAUGUUUUGGUGUGUUUAAAUGUCGAGAUUAUGCCCCAACCAGUGUUAUUUGGUUUGGUGUUGUCAUAAUGGUUUUACAUUCAAGCUUGUAUAUUAAUUUUAAUAAGAGAGAGAGAAGAAAAAAA